AUGUCAGCUACUGAGCCAGUAAGAGAGGGGAACCACACAGCAGAGACAGAAUUCAUCCUAUUGGGGUUUGGAAGAGGUCUGUGGAUGGAGAUGUUCCCCUUUGUGAUGUUCCUGGUGAUUUAUAUAAUAACCGUGCUGGGAAACACCAUCCUGGUCCUCAUCAUUGGAAUUGAUUCUCAGCUUCACACCCCCAUGUACUUCUUCCUCAUGAACUUGUCGCUCUUAGAUCUCGGCAACUCCUCCUCCAUUGCCCCCAGAGCCAUGGUGAGCUUCCUAUCAGGGAGCAAAGCCAUUUCCUACAAUGGAUGUGCCACCCAAUUCUUCUUUGUCACUUUCUUCCUCACCACUGAAGGGUUCCUCCUGGCAGCAAUGGCAUACGAUCGAUACUCCGCCAUCCACAACCCGCUCCGGUAUCCCAUCACCAUGUCCAAGUGGGUUUGUAUUUGGCUGGUGGUGGGAUCCUAUAUCUGUGGCUAUGUGAACUCCAUGGUGCAAACUGGCUUCACCUUUACGCUAGACUUUUGUGGGUCUAAUGAGAUGGAUCAUUUCUUCUGUGAUGGCCCUCCCCUAAUUAGUCUGUCCUGCAGUGACACAUUUGUCAAUAUCAUUGUGAUGUUUACCUUAUGUGGCCUCAUUAUAGUGAGCACUGCACUGAUUACGCUGGUCUCCUAUGUCUAUAUCAUCUCCACCAUCCUCAGGAUUCAUUCUGCUGAGGGCAGACACAGAGCCUUCUCCACCUGCACUUCCCACCUGGUGGUUGUGACUUUAUUUUACGUGUCCACUGCUUUGAUGUAUGCCCAGCCCACUCAGCUAGCUUUUCUGUAUCCAAGGAAAGUAGUGUCCGUCUUUUAUACCCUUUUUGCUCCCAUGUUGAAUCCUUUCAUCUACAGCCUCAGGAACAAGGAUGUGAAAGAUGCUUUGAGAAGGACUAUGAGCAAGAAAUGUUUGAAAAAAUGA